GACCCCAUCUGUCUAUAAUAUACAUUGACUAUGGUUGGCAUACUGUUGCUUGUAAUAUCAUAAUAGCGGAGAAGGAGACAAAACCGUUAAAAAGGAAAUAUCCAUAACUGUGUGAUUUGUUGUUAAUAUUUUUUAAAAAAGAAAAAAUUGAGAAAUGAGUAAGGCACAUCCACCAGAACUUAAAAAAUAUAUGGACAAAAGAUUAUCAUUAAAACUCAAUGGAGGAAGACAUGUCGUUGGGAUUUUACGAGGUUUCGAUCCAUUUAUGAACAUGGUUAUAGAUGAAAGUAUUGAAGAAUGCAAAGAUGGUACAAAAAACAAUAUUGGCAUGGUGGUAAUACGUGGAAAUAGUGUAAUAAUGUUAGAAGCUUUGGACAGGAUAUGAAUUGAAAUAUAAAAAAUACAAAAAUAUAAUGUGCAUUCUUAAGGA